AUGGCGGGCACGCAUGAGGAUGAAGUGUUUGAGACAUUUCUGGCCGCGUCGUCUAGCGGCAACACACCUCAGGUGACGUCCUUAUUGGCCACCUUCCCUUCUCUGCUGGACCGGGCGGACUCGAAAGGAUGGACGGCGUUAAUGCUCGCCGCCAGAAAUGGACAUGCGGAAGUGGUCCACACACUACUCCGGCACGGGUGCAACAAGAGUCGCCUGAAUGGCAGUGGCCAGAGCGCACAUGACGUGGCCGUAUUUUGGGGUCACGACCAUGUGGCCGUCCUGCUGCGGGGCGGUGGAGGGGAGGGUAUUGGGCAGCUUAACUAUUUUGGCCGCGAGCCUCUGGACCGUCUGAGCGCCAAGCGUAGCGACAACGCGUGGUUGGAGGAUGCCAAGAAAAGAACCGGCUCCGUCUUCCUUCUCUUUUCGGACCUCAGCCCCAUGACCCGUACUGAUCAGCAGGGCAUCCAGCAUUUGUGCCGGCUGAGGUACGAUGCCGUCAAAGAUCUGUCAGAGAAGCCGGAUGCCGUGCUGGUCUUCUUGGGCGUGGAGCGAAGCAGUGAGACAGGAAGCGGAUCUGAGGAGCUCCCGGCCUGGUUUGCCAUCAGCAGCGACGAGGAUGCCACGGUGCUCCUGGGCCGCUGUCCGCACGAGACUCCAAAGUGCUCUUUCACCAAGUCGCCGCACCGCGAUCUGCUCCGUUUUAGCGACGAAGACGCUGGUGUGCUGGCUCCAGCGCGUGCCCUUUUGGCGUGGCACCGUCGCUAUGCAUUCUGUUCCACAUGUGGAAGCUCUACCAUCGCAGAGGAGGGCGGACACAAGAGGACCUGCCGGAAUCAACAGUGCCUUAGCAACAAGGGGGUGCACAACACGUGUUACCCGCGCACCGACCCUGUUGUCAUUAUGCUGGUGAUCCACCCCGACGGCAACCAUUGUCUCCUUGGCCGGAAGAGCAUUUUCCCGGCCGGAAUGUUCUCCUGCCUCGCCGGCUUCGUGGAACCGGGAGAGACGCUGGAAGCAGCGGCGCGGCGUGAGGUGUUCGAGGAGAGCGGCGUGCAAGUGGGUGGCGUCGGUUAUGUUUGCUGUCAACCGUGGCCCAUGCCCUCACAGCUCAUGAUUGGCUGCCACUGUGUUGCCUUGACAACGGACAUCAGCGUGGACCGCAGCGAGAUAGAGGAGGCCCAAUGGUUUUCGCGCCAACAGGUGAGAGAGGCGUUGCUCGGCUUCGCCCCGUCGAGCCUGGUGGUCCCACCCCAACAGACCAUUGCGCACCAGCUCUUAAAACACUGGAUCGGCACCGCUGCCAAUUUAUGA